AUGUGGUUGGCCAACACAAUCAACUUCUCGGAGCUCAUCCUGAACGGCGUGGCGCUGGCCUUCGUCCUCGAGUUCGACGAGGUGCUUUACUCCGUCUUCGUCCCGCGGCGGUCCAAGACUCUGAUGUCCAACAUCGAACCUCUGCCUUUCCGCCGCCCGAAUCCAGGCAGCGCAUGGUCCGGCGCAUGCGCUGUAUCCACGGCCGUGUUCAUCAUAGUUGUAAUGUUCGCAGUCUAUUUUCUCUUGUUGCAGAGAGUCUUCUGGGAACUCGAGGUGGGUCACAGUAUCGUGUGCCCUGGCAAUCAAGAUUUCAUCUAUGCCGUAAGCCCCGCCGCUCAGAUGGUUCACGUGGCGUCCACAGCGGGUGAGAACGUGUACAAGGACACAGAAGAGAUCAUUGCCCAGGUGGCGCAGGUCGUCAUCCAUGAUCACCCGUAUUGGGAUAGCUUUGUCGACCAGGUCAUUUUCGAUGCUACCGUAUCGGAUUUUGAUAGGGCCGUUCAUGCUCGCGGGACAGCGGCAGUUUCGCUCGAUUCAAUCAUUCAGAUGAGUGUUUCGAGCAUGGCCGAGGCUGCCUUGACGCUCCCAUGCCGAGACCUCGCUUCUGGUCAGAGCCAGGAGGCUUCGUUGAAGACUUUGCAAGUGUUGUUGGCUCGGGACGGUUUGGUCUCCAAUAUCAGCAGUUGCAGCGACAUCCUUCGGGACUACUGCGCGUUCCAGAACAAGACGUGGUUACGCGCAAUUUGCCCCAGGCACUGCAGAUGCGAAGAGACCCUUCUGAGUAACACAGGCUUCUUCCAGAUGCCCGAGUUUGGGUGCCCGAGCCAGUGCGAGACGUUCAAAGCUGCGAAGAACGAGAUCGACUUCAGGUUCCGGCUGACCAAGCUGAAGACAGCCAGGCGCUUGCAUGCAAGAGGGCCCGACGAAGCGGACCAGCGUCUCUGGGAGGCGUCCGAGGCGGCCGACCAGAGGCGGCUUUCGCCCGACGACCCGUCAGACAUUGCGAACCUAACCGCGACCUCGACGGAGACGACGACCCCCAGGGACCAGGAUUGGACGGUGGCCGACCCCGGAGGCUGCCGCAACAGCACCGUCCUCACUUCGGUGUUCGAGGGGUGUGCCGAUCUCCAUGCCGCCGACUUAGGCUUCGGCGGCGGGUGCUCGGACUCGAACGGAGAGACGCGCGUGGACAAGAACGGCAACGACUACGACUGCACGGUCUACGCCCUGGCGCCCGAGGGCUGCGGCUCCGCCGACGACGACUUCCAGGCGGCCGAGCACUGCUGCGCCUGCGGGGGUGGCUACGGUGACGGCAGGAGCUCGCUCGAGUGCUACGACCACUUCACCGAGGCCUGCUGGCGCCUGCCGCCGAAGGCGAUCGUGUUCGUGCUGUACGUAAGUGGCCUGUUCGAGUACUCCAUGCGCGUGCCUGGGUUCCGAGAGGGCGUCGCGAACGUUGUCGAGACGGACUACGCCGGCAUCGCCCCCGACGAGGCCACCCAGAUCGAGCUCAUCGAGCAGAUCGCCACGGGCGAGAUGGCCCGAUCUUUGGCGGGUGGCAGCUGGGACCUGGUACAGGGGCUGCCGCACCCGCGAGGCCUGACUGGCUGCGAUUUCCUCGCCUCCUACGAGGUCACGUCCCUCUUGAACCUCGACCUUUGCGCCGACGGGGUGCAUCAACACAUCAAGUUUCUUUGCCCCGUCGCCUGCGGCUGCGACGAGCCCAAAGGACUGGACGAAUGCCCUGCAACUUGCGUCCUGACCGCGUGCUACGACGACGCGGCGGAGGAGGCGUGCGCUCACGUGCACCCCUGGUACAGCGAGGAGUGCACCGCGGGUUACCACAACGACGGGGGACUCCCGACGUGCUACAAGUGCACCGACGGCGAGACGAGGCGGCGUCGAUCCACCUCCUGCACGGGAGUGCCCAGACGGCCACUAGGACCUGGGGAGCCUGGACGACUGCGCGCAGUGCCUGGACGGCCAGACGCGGCGGCGGCGCCCCACAUCCUGCACGGACUGCGACCCUGGCACCUCCGACGCCGGCGACAACGACCAGUGCACCUCGUGUCUCGGCGGUGCGACCCGGCGCAGGAGGGCAGCGGCAUGCGCGGAUUGCCCUGGCGGCACCUACAAGUCCGAGAACAUGACCUCGGACGAGUGUGCGGCGGCUCUGAGUUGCUCCACGACGAGGCGGUGCUCAGCGGUAUGUACCGACUGCCACCCAGGCUACUACAACGACGGGAGCUCCGACGACUGCGUGCAAUGCGAAGGUGGCUCAACACGUCGCCGGGCCGUCGUCGGCGGUGCCGUGGAGUGCACGCCUUGUGA